AUGCUUAAUUUUAUAAAUGACAGUUGCAUCCAAAAACAAACAGUAAUGUCUAAUUUGUGUGUUGUCUGCCUUAACAGCACUAUAAAUCCUAAAAACUUAAAUGAAAUUGACUCUAAACAGACAAAAAUUAUCAUAAAACUGCGCCAAUGCGUCCCCGAAGUGGAAUGGCAAAUCGAAUCUCAGAUAUGUCUUCCGUGUUUGGAACAAUUAGAAAACGUGUGUACAUUUCGCGACUUGUGCAUAAAAUCAUACUUGAAACGAAAAAACUCAUCAGAAAUCAAAUUAGAAGAAGAAAAGCCCCCAAUCAAGGAAGACAAUGACCGUUUUGUGUGUUUCCAUUGCGAGAAAACAUUCAAAAUCAAGAGCAUUCUUGAAGACCACAUCAAGUACAAACACACUGAGACUGAUUUAACGAAACCGUUAAAUAUUUGCGACGUUUGCGGUUCGUCAUUUAGUAAUAAGUAUUUAUUGAAACGACAUUUGAAAAACGUGCAUGCGACUGAGAAAAAGUUCAAAUGUGAAUUGUGUGAACGGAAAUUUGCCUCCCCGGUAUAUUUAAAUGCACACAAACGGUACCAUUCAGGCGAAAGAAAACACAUUUGUUCAUUCUGUGGAAAGGGUUACAUAACGGCGAGUGAUUUGUAUCAUCAUGAGAAAAUUCACGCUAAUAAGAGGGCAUAUAGAUGUCAUAUUUGUCCGAAAGCCUUCAAUACUUCUUCUGAUUUACACAAACACAAAAUUUGUGUACACCAGGAUAGGUCGCAAUGGAAAUAUGAAUGUAGUUUCUGUCAGAGGAGAUUCCCUUUGAAGACUAAUCUGGAUACUCAUACAAAAACUCACACUGGAGAAAGAAACUUUUUGUGCCAUUUGUGUGAUAGAAAAUGUAUUAAUCGUUCGGUUUUAAAACGACAUAUUGAGAGUCAUUCUGUUGUGAAAUCGUUUAAAUGUAAUCUGUGUUUACAAGGAUAUAAAUAUCAGAAAAGUCUAGACAUACACAUGAUGAAAAUACAUGGGAUUGGGGAUGCAAAAAUCCCGGAAAGGAUCAAAAAGUAUUUUUGUAGUAUUUGUCCGAAAAGUUAUUUCGCCAAUAAUAAACUACAAAAGCACAUAAGGACUCACACCGGGGAAAAACCGUUUCAAUGUCCUGCUUGUGACAAAUGUUUUAUUGACAAAUCAUACAUUAAACAGCAUUUGAAGACUGCUCACAAUGUAUUUGAAUAAAAAAAAUAGAAAACUUAAAUCUAUUCUUACUCUGUCCACCUAUGAGCACACAUGGGAUUUGUGCACACAUAAUAAAGCCUCAUCUCCUCCUCUGCACGUCGAGUUUGAGCUUGGAAGAACACAGCCUCCCUAAACCACUUUCAUAAAACACUUUAAAUACUAUAAAUGACUCACCUGUGGUUACAUUCAGGACAGUGAUGAUCUUCAGUGCGCGGUAAAGUCGGAUCAGAAAUGACGUCAGGUACGAUAUGAGUUAAUUCGCUAUAAAAAAAUCAUUAAGGGGGCUCCUCGACCUAGUGAUUGUCUUACUCAAUUUCGUGCAUUAUUUUAUUAACGUAGAUACAUUUCGAGUCGGCGUGUUGUUUAUAAUCACAGUUACGACACGCAUACAACAGGAUUUUGUUCUCUUUGUCUUCUUUGGGGUACAACAUGUUGUUGCUGUGAAGAAAGAAUGAGGUUAAGUUUGAAAAUUUGGUGUUUUACCAUUCUUGACAGAAGCGGAUACCGACA